CAUAAUUAUACACACACAUAUAUAUAUUCCAAAAUGAAGGCAAUAAGCUCGUUUUCCUUUCUCAAAGUUGUCCGGGCAGUGGUGACAGUAGCUGCAGUCGUUGCGGUACAAAUGGUAGUGUUCAAUGGUCGAGAUGUUCGCCAAUUGUUCACCUCUACACAAGUACGUACAAUAAAGUCACAGGAGAAAUUUGGUAUUUUGCCAAGUGGAAGGGUAACCAUGACAACGUUAGAUAGGAUGGGAGAGGCUAAAGUAGAGUGUGAGCACGAUGUGUGCGUCUUCGAGAAUAUCUGCGUCGAGAAAAGUGCGCACAAGAAAGUACCGGAACAGUGGUUCACAACGUCACCACUGUCCAACUACGAACCCCUUGUGUUCCAAGUGAAAGACCACACCACAUCCUUCAAAGUAGAACUCAGAGAGGCUACCGCACAGGACGUGCAGAUGGUAAAAGGGACCACAGUACUGUUCACGGUGCCCACAGGCAACUACUUCUUCAAUGUGUUGAACGCCUUCAGCAUUUGGACCAGUAUCAACAAACACGUGGAUCUCACAGCCCCUCAGGACCACCCCAACCACGGCGCAACAGCAGAAGACGACCCACACGACACACGCACGCACGACCACAUGCAUCUGGUGCCCCCGCACACACACACCCACACCUCCUCGCACGCGUCUGCGUAUCUGCUGAUGGCCUUAUUACGCACACGCCGCGUGUUUGCCUUCCCGAAGUCCGGCGCUGCUCUACUGCACCGCGCGAUCUACCACGGACACGCGGAUAACAGCGUGAGCGGAGACCACGCCGAUGAUGUCAUUGGUCACGGGGGCGAGCCGACGGAUUACGGGCUGCCUCCGGCGCCUACCGCCGAUGCGUCUAACUACCACGCCACACGGCGCGGGGAUAUGGAUGAACUCUAUGAUGUGCGAGAGAGUCUUUUUGAGCGUAGCGGUGGCACUGGCAAUGGCGCGAGUGGGCGGGUGCCAGAGGUGGCGUGUUUUAGUCGUGCGGUGGUUGGCAUGGAAACGCGCGGAGCGAUGCUGACUGGGCCACAGAUGGAGCACGCGGAUCAAUCUCUGGCCAAAGCCAUACAGACCAGAGACACAACCAAAGACCCGCAGCGCAGGAGUCGCAUCGACCGCAUGUUGCAGAUCCACCACGAGAACUUCAAGUACCUACCCGCAUUCAGGGAUCAUUUGUUGAGGAAUUUAGGUCUGCAGGAUGUCGCCAUGGAGCCAAAACGAGUGCUGUUGGUUUCCAGAGAUGCACCCCGGUUUAAUACUGGCAAAGACCAAUAUCGCAAGAUCCUGAACAGAGAUGAGAUGAUCGAUGUGCUGGAGAGCCGGGGCUAUACCAUACAUAGGGUUGACUUUGCAUCGAUGACUGUGCCCGAGCAGAUUAUCGAAGUCCGCAAAGCCAAUCUGUACAUCGGCAUGCAUGGAGCGGGCAUGGUCAAUACGAUGUGGCUACACCCGAGUGCGUGUGCGAUUGAAUUGCAUACGUACGGCUUUCAGAAGUGGGGCUACGAAGGACUGGCGCAGUAUCUCGACCAGUGCUAUGAGUCAUGGGUCAAUGGCAGAGAACAGGACACGCGUGAGACGUGGAAGUCACGCCUGUACGAGCCGUCGCAACGGGACUACUGGCGAUCGAGAGAUCAAAUCGUAAACGCGAAGGAGUUUGAAGACACGGUGAAGUCUGCAGAGGAACAGCUGAGACAAAGGCAGACCCGUGGAGAAAAUAUAAGUCAGAGUCAAACGGAUAGGAAUAGGUGAUCGGAUAAACAUAAGUAAUAGCUCAAAGAACAAACAUAAGCA